AAAACGCCUCAACGUCGUUAUCGCUAUCGUCCGAUAGCACUAGAGUUAUCUGCGACCAACUAUUAGAAAAUUUUGCAAAUUUUUAUAAACGCACAAAAUGGAGCCUUAUGAUGUCGUCGUCAACCAGCCCGUCGUCAUAGAUAACGGCUCCGGUGUGAUCAAAGCCGGCUUCGCUGGCGAGCACAUUCCAAAAUGCAGGUUCCCCAAUUACAUUGGCAGACCGAAGCAUGUUCGGGUAAUGGCUGGAGCCCUAGAGGGCGACAUAUUCGUGGGCCCCAAAGCAGAGGAACACCGUGGUCUGCUCAGCAUUCGGUAUCCCAUGGAACAUGGCAUUGUCACCGACUGGAAUGACAUGGAACGGAUAUGGAGCUACAUUUACAGCAAAGAACAAUUGUCCACCUUCACUGAGGAUCACCCCGUGCUGCUCACCGAAGCCCCACUGAAUCCGCGUCGCAAUCGCGAGAAGGCAGCCGAAUUCUUCUUUGAAAGUAUCAAUGCACCUGCGCUCUUUGUUUCCAUGCAGGCGGUACUCAGUCUCUAUGCUACUGGCCGCGUUACUGGCGUGGUACUCGACUCCGGUGACGGUGUGACGCAUGCUGUGCCCAUCUAUGAGGGCUUCGCCAUGCCUCACAGUAUUAUGCGCGUGGAUAUCGCUGGACGCGAUGUGACUCGCUACCUGAAGACACUCAUCCGCCGAGAGGGCUUCAACUUCCGGUCGACGGCUGAAUUCGAGAUUGUACGCUCCAUCAAGGAGAAGGUCUGCUAUCUGGCCACCAAUCCUCAAAAGGAGGAGAACGUAGAAACUGAGAAGUUUGCCUACAAACUGCCAGACGGCAAGACCUUUGAGAUCGGCCCGGCUCGAUUCCGAGCACCAGAGGUCCUCUUCCGGCCAGAUCUGUUGGGCGAAGAGUGCGAAGGCAUACAUGACGUUCUGAUGUACGCCAUCGAGAAAUCUGAUAUGGAUCUCAGGAAAAUGCUGUAUCAGAACAUUGUCCUGUCUGGUGGCUCAACGUUGUUCAAGGGAUUCGGCGACCGUUUGCUGUCGGAGCUCAGGAAGCACUCGUCUAAGGAUCUCAAGAUCAGGAUCGCUGCGCCUCAGGAACGCCUCUACUCCACAUGGAUGGGCGGUUCGAUUCUGGCCUCACUCGACACCUUCAAGAAGAUGUGGGUAUCGAAGCGGGAAUUCGAAGAGGAAGGCCAGCGCGCCGUGCACAGAAAGACUUUUUAGUGUGUUUACCAGCUUAAACGCCAGUUGUGAAAGGCUUAUUAAAAAGUAUAUCAAGUCCUUGUGUCAGCUAGGAUCAAGUACCCAUGAAAUUCGAAA